AGCGUAGCUGUCACUAGCGCCCUGAUUUUGCUCUGCGCAUGCGCAGCAUUUCCCCCUAAACCAAGAUGGCGGUGCAAGAAACAGCUGCUCAACUCUCUAUGGCUCUUAAGGUUCAAGAAUAUCCAACUUUGAAGGUUCCUUAUGAGACCUUAAACAAGCGCUUCCGUGCAGCACAGAAGAACAUCGACCGUGAGACGAGUCACGUGACCAUGGUGGUGGCCGAGCUGGAGAAGACCCUGAGCAGCUCCUUCCCUGUAGUGGACUCCGUAGUCUCCUUGCUGGACGGCGUGGUGGAGAAGUUAAGCGCGCUCAAACGGAAGGCAGCAGAAUCGAUCCAGGCCGAGGAUGAGAGCGCUAAACUCUGUAAGCGGCGUAUUGAACACCUGAAGGAGCACAGCAGCGACCAACCGGCUAACGUGAGCGUGUGGAAGAGGAAGCGCAUGGACCGCAUGAUGGUGGAGCACCUGCUACGCUGCGGCUACUACAACACCGCCGUUAAGCUAGCCAAACAAAGCGGCAUCGAGGAUUUGGUCAACAUUGAGAUGUUCCUCACUGCAAAAGAAGUAGAGGAAUCACUUGAAAGGCAGGAAACAGCCACUUGCUUGGCCUGGUGCCAUGACAACAAGUCUCGUCUGAGGAAGAUGAAGAGCUGUCUGGAGUUCAGUUUAAGGAUCCAGGAAUUUAUUGAGCUCAUUCGACAGAACAAACGCAUGGACGCAGUACGACAUGCGAGGAAACAUUUCAGCCAAGCAGAAGGCGGGCAGCUGGAUGAGGUUCGGCAGGUGAUGGGCAUGCUGGCAUUUCCUUCUGACACUCACAUUUCCCCAUACAAGGACCUUCUGGAUCCAGGCCGCUGGAAAAUGCUAAUCCAGCAAUUCAGAUAUGACAAUUACCGAUUACACCAGCUGGGGAACAACUCUGUGUUCACCAUCACUCUGCAGGCAGGGCUGUCUGCCAUCAAAACCCCACAGUGUUACAAAGAGGAUGGUUCCUCUAAAAACCCAGACUGUCCAGUAUGCAGCAAGUCCCUGAACAAGCUGGCUCAGCCUCUUCCCAUGGCCCACUGCGCAAACUCUCGCCUGGUGUGUAAAAUCUCCGGCGAGGUCAUGAACGAGAACAACCCACCCAUGAUGCUGCCUAAUGGCUAUGUUUAUGGCUAUAAUUCUCUCCUGUCUAUUCGCCAAGACGACAAGGUGGUGUGCCCCAGAACCAAAGAAGUCUUCAACUUCUCCCAAGCUGAGAAGGUGUACAUCAUGUGAUGAGGCCUCCAGAGCAUAGUUCAAGCUUUUCUUUUUUUUUCUUUCCGAAAUAAUACCACCACCACCACCACCCUGGGCUCGAUGAAUUCUUAAACGAUGAAACCUGUAGUCUGAAGGCCUCCGUCUCUCAGCCAGUGUUCCAUGAGACUGAGUUCAGUUGCCCUCUGCCAAACCUUUCCAGAGAAAAAAAGGUUUCUAGUCCACUGGAGGUUUUUACUAUACAUCCCAAUGGUGAAAAUAAAGAAGAACAAGACAUCAUUUCCAAAAAAAAAGGUUGAUAUUACAGCAUUUUCCUUUUACUGGCUUCUUGACAGUUGUGUGACGACAAAAAGACAUGGCUCCACAUCAUAUAUCUGAGAGCUUCUGCAUUAUUAGUGUGCUUAAAAAAUGACCGUUCUUUUUAAUCAAAGGUGCCCAUGUUAUUUUUUAGACCAAAGUGUUUAGAGCAUAAUAGGGUCCACUUUCUAAUAACUUGCCUGAGCACCUGUAAAAUCUGUUACCACAUAUGGUUAGAGAACCCUGGCACAUUUUCUCUCUCUCUCUCUCUCUCUCACACACACACACACACACACUCACUGCCGUCGCAGUUACCUUAUAGAAAGUGUAGUAGCGUCAGUGGCAAUACUUCGCACAUGAUUCUCAGUUGAUGUAACUAGGUGUAGAAAGACAUUGCAGUUUGUUGAUAGCUAUUUGUGAAGGGUUGUUAUUAGACUUAAACUUUCCAUCACAUGCCGUGUUUUUCAACAGGUCCAUCAUUACGAUACAGACUACUCGUGUAAAUGACCGACAUCUAGCUUGAUGGGUCAAGUGUAGCAGGAUUUUAUUGUGACUACGUCUAAGGUUUGUGUGAGGAAGCGUGUUAUCGUCCAAAAUAUCCGAACUCAUGCCAGAUUUAGUGGUGUUUUGGGAAUGCAUUGUUUAAGAGGUGUGCACUAUGUGGUGUUGUUUUUUUUAAAUCCCACGCCCCCGUCUGCUCUGAAAGACCGAUCCUGUAUUGCACAAGUGCAGCAGUAUGUUCAUUUUACCCUGAAUCUAGAGAUUCGAGUAAUUUGCAUCACAGCUACCCUACCCAGGAUAAAGCAGGUAUAAUGAAACUCAACGUCCAGUACACUUGCUAGGUAGUUUUUGUUCCCCCAUUGAGCGGGUCUCGCUGCACACCUCAGCAUUCCUUCACCGAAGCAGCCUGUAGUAUCAAAAUCUCAGGUUAGAUUGACAACGUACAUGCUACACCAUAAAGCCUGUCUCACUGUGUCUCCAUACCUCACAAGACCCUGAUUUGUUACUUCCCAUUUCCAGGAAAAGAAAAAAAAUAGACUUGUCUUCCUAUUUUGUGUUACGUCUUAAAGGUAAGGGCUACAUAGGUUUGGGAUUGAUAAGGUCUUAACCACUUUAUGUGAUUUUAAAAAAAUAUAUAUAUGCUUCAGAUAAUCAUAAGCAUUUUUCCGGCGAAGCACUAAAUAGUUUUUUGUCAUUGUUCAAGCACACAUUUUCUAUUUUAGACUCCAUACCAGUCAGAUUUUCCCAGUCAGAUAGAGGUUAGGUCGCCUAUGAGCACCUUUUUUUUUUUUUUUUUUUUUUUAA